AUGUCCAAAAGCUUGAAAAUUGGAUGCAUCUGGCCUGUGUCCAGAAAGGACUCUAGCAAGGUUUAUUGCCAGCUGCCUGCAAUAAACCUGGCACCAGCAAGCCAGAAGCAUUACAAGCAUUACUCACUCCAACAUGUUCUGCAUGUCCUGACUUGCAAGAAAGAGAAUGCAAGGAUUCUUGUUUUGCCUGUGAAGCAAGAAUUCUUGGGUUGCACUCCUCUGCCUUCCUACCACCCUCCCUCCCACAGAGCCCCAGCCAGGCCUGCAGGAGGGUCCGUUAAGACAAUGGGAAACCAGACCCUCCUGCAGGCCUGGCUGUGGCUCUGUGGGAGGGAGGGUAGGAGGGAGGCAGAGGAGCACAACCCAAGAAUCCUUGCUCUGCCCUCUGAGCAAGGAUUCUUGCUCCGCCCUCUGAGCAAGGAUUCUCGCUCCGCCCUCAGAUAUACUUUCCCCAAAUCGUGGUGGAACCUGUCCUCCAGGGACAAGCUCCUUGGUGGGACACAGGAACAAAAGCGCGUCAACUCCGGGUUUAUAUGCCUUGCCCGCGGUCGCAUGCGGCCUGUCCCGUUUGGGAUUCCGAAGCAGGAGGAGCCCGUGACGAAUUCCACUCUGGAAUACGAAGGAAGCCUGGAAGAGCAGCAAUCCAUCCUUGGAAAAAGACUGGUUUCGUGUAUAAAACGACAGGAAGGCCUUCAUUUAUCGGAUUUGAGCCUGUUCUCCCUCCAGGACGAUACUCUUUUUGUCAAUGAGAUCAUGCCGAAACCGAUAGAAUUGGUACCUGGCCACUGGGUUGGGGACGGACAUCCUGUUUUCUUCAUUGCUGAAAUCGGGCAAAAUCAUCAAGGAGACGUGGAGAUUUGCAAAAAACUCAUCGAUGUUGCCAAGGAUGCUGGGGCCAGCUGUGCGAAGCUGCAAAAGAAGGACUGCAAGGGUUGCUUCACCAAGAAGAUGCUGGCCAAGCCGUAUGUCACCCCAAAUUCCUGGGGUCCUACUUACGAGGCGCACAAGAAGUACCUGGAGUUCGAUGAGGACCAGAUGCGGGAACUGAUGACGUAUGCCGACAGCGUGGGCAUCUCGCUCAUGUCCACCCCCAUGGACAUUCCGUCUGCUGACAUUCUACACCGCCUGAAUGUGCCUUUCUUCAAAGUCGGUUCUUUGGACACCAACAACUUCUUCCUGCUGGAGCACUUGAAGAAACUCGGGCGUCCAAUGGUCGUUUCCACAGGAAUGAGUUCGAUGGACACAGUGCGCAGGGUGUACGAGCUGCUGCACGGCGCUGUUCCCCUCUGUCUCGUGCAGUGUACUUCCGCGUACCCGUUCAGUGACGAUCAGGCGAACCUGUUGGUCAUGGACAAGUACCGACGCGAGUUUCCAGAGGCGCACAUUGGCUAUUCGGGUCACGAGAUGGGCUGGAUCCCGACGCUGACAGCUGUUGCCCGCGGCGCAAGGAUCGUCGAACGGCAUAUAACAUUGGACAAGAACAUGCGCGGAAGCGAUCACAAAGCCUCGCUGGAACCACAAGAGCUGAAAGAACUCAUCGCCAUGAUCCGCCGUCAUCGCUUGGCCUGCGAAGAGGGCUGCCACCAGAAGCUGGGCAAGUCAGUGGUUACUACUCGAGCAGUGUUGGCAGGCCAGCCCUUGACCAGAGAUGACCUGGACAUCAAGACUUCCGAACCCCUAGGCUGGGAACCCGAGCGCUGGGAGGAACUACUGGGCAAGACCCUCAAAAGAGAUUACGACGACGAUGAGCAGAUCAUGCACGAAGACGUGGAGUGACGAUGCCUCCAAAACUUCUGAUAUUCCAAUAUACCGUUCUUUGCCCGGUGCCACGACGUUUAAAUCUGAAACUAUGACGGAAAAAUUCAGCAAAAUUUUCUGAUUCAACACGUUUUCUACCAGCUGAGGAAUUCCUCGUGUUUUGCGAGUUGUUGGAAAUUCUUGAUUCCAAGAUUGCGUCGCAGGAAGAACGAGAUGCCAUCCACUGUUUAAAAAAAUUUUUUUGGAGCUUGAAACAAAAAACAACAUAUUAUACUUCUCUCCUCCCUAUACUGCACAUCUCAGUAACGUAACAUUCUUCACCAUUUCACGGAUUUCACUGGAACUAUGUCGAUUUUUGUGGGAUCAAUAAUUGGUUAGUUUCAGGUCCAAUAGUCAGGCAACGUCUCCGUGAAAUUUCAGAAAACAAGAUCUGGCAUUGAAGUUGGAAUUUCGCGAGGAACUAAGACAAGGUCUUUGUUUCUGUAUCACGCAAUGCAACUUUUUUUUAAAAUCGUAAUCCGAAGGUGGCUUAUGGGCUUCUCUGGCACGUUAAUCCUUCUUAUUGCAUCAACUGGGUCUAUCACCAGUGCUGCAAAACUGAGCUUAAAAAAACAUGCCCCAACAGAUGCGGAAGAAAAUGUUCAUAAUUUUGCAGUAAAAUCAAUGAAGUGGAAGCCUGCACAUUGAAAAAGUAUCCACAGCCGUCCAUCUUCAAGUAACCUAAAGCGGGAAUCAACAAGUGCCUAACAUUAAAUAAAUCCUCAUGCACUCUAGCUCAAGGUGCAGGACUACUUGUGCAAGCAAGCACCUUUUUCUGCUCAUCAUGCUUGAUGACUGAUCCUUUUCGAAAUCUGUUUUUGUGCUUAUUCCAAUGAUUUAUCUGAACACCAACAGAGUGCCUAUUUCAUGAAUAGAGAAUUAUCAAAUGCAAAAAGUUUGACAAUA